CAUUGAGUUAGGCCUUCAUGGUCACGUCCUGUGGAGCACUGGCACUGGCGGGUGGGUGGCUGAUGGGAAGUCUGUAUGUUUUGUUGAGGGCCACGUUGGGCUCGACAAACGACGACGCGAUGCCGCUCACGGCCAUCAUACCCUGCACACACACCCACACCAGACCAGCCCGGAAAGACAAGAAACCACCACAGAGACGCCUAAGAUGUGUCGAUGUGUGUGGUGUGGUGUGUGCGGUGCGUGCCUUGAGGUUGGGUGCGGUGGUGCUGCGUCGAAUGGUGACGAAGCCGCCCUUCAUGGCGAUCUUGGAGAGGUACUCCGCAUCGCCAAAGAUGCUCUCGAGCACUAGCCAGGCACCGCGGUACUGCCCUUGGGUGUAAUAGUAGGUCGUGCAGCCUGUCAACGUCUGCACACACCACACACAAAGAGGAGAUGCCCGUGCCAUCUAUCCAUGCCUCUGUGGGAACGACUGAGGGGGAGGGACGUACCUCGCAGACCACACGUGUGAGUGCCUCCAGCUUCCGCUGCUUGUCGGCCAGCGCCUCGAUGCCCCCUGCCGUCGGGGAGGCCUCGCCAUCUUCAGACACAGCCAUCGAUGCGGUUGACGGCGUGCCCUCGGACACAGCCGACACCUCAGCCGUCACCACAUCGAUCACCUGAAGAACGGCAUACACACACACAGUCAUGUGUGGGCGAGGGAGGGAGGUAGGCGUGAGAGUGGUGCGCGCAACGUAGUACCUGUUGGAUGCCCUUGUUGAUGAGCUCGACUCCCUUGAGGGCGGCCCGGUCGCUGUGUGAUGGUGUGGCGUCGGCCAUGGCGCCGCCGCUGCUGCCCUCAAAGAUGCGGAUGAUGUUGAGCUCGCUCGGCACGCCGCGCACGUAGUUCAGCACAUCCUCCAGCAAACUGGCAGCCUGGGCCGCACCCUGAUGGGAUGGCAGAUAGACACACACACACACACACUGCAACGGGGUGGUGGGGUGUUUGUGCUGUGUGUACCGACCGGCAGAACGGCCUGGAAGAUGGGCUCCUUGAUGUAUGUGAGGGGGCUGUCGGUAAGGCCCAGCGCAUCAGCCCGCAGCACCAACGCAACAGUGGUCGCAUACUUGUACUUGCUGCACGCACAACACAACGAACAAAUACACCCACACGUGGCACACACUCACCCACACACAUCGGCCCGGCCCCCUCCCCUUGUGCGUCCCUCCCUGUUGUGUGUCUCUCUCUUCUCUGCGUCCUCCGCACCGCACCGCACCCACCUGUGGUUCGCGCGCCACGCGCAGUAGGUCUCGGUGGACGUCAUGUCGCACGCCGCCAUGCGGCCGUCCACGUGGUUGAGGGACUGCUGCAGCACUAUGGGGUACGCCUCUCCCGGCAGAUGCAGCUCGUCCAGCAACGCCCGCGUCUUGGCCAUCAGCCGGAACAGCCCGUACAGGAACACCUCCUCGGCCGUCACCUCCUGAACGCCCCCGUCCACACCCACGCCGAUGACGUCGGUGAAGGUCUUGCUGCCCGUCCAGGCAGCCGUCAAGAUGUCCUUGACCUUCUGCGCGCUGAUUUGCUGCACCGUGGCCGAAUCGACGAGGAUGUCGAAAAGGUGGAGCGUGAGCGUCCAGCAGGCGAAGGCGCGCAGCUUGUCCUGGAAGCGCCGCUUGGUGUCGCUGCCCUGCCGCAGGACGCUGGCCGAGUAGGCUAUGGCCAUCUCCGCCCACUCGUGGCGUCGGCCCUUACGAGGUGAGCCCUCGAGGAUGUCCAAAUCUUCCAGCACCUGGUGUAUGUCUGCGCGGACCUUGUCGAAGGACGAGCCCAGCAGAAAGUAAUUCGUCUUGGGCCGCUGCCGAAAGUUGUCACUGCACAUGCACACAGACAGGCAGACAGACAGACAGGCAGGCAGGCAGAGAGCGAAGGAGGAACACAGACACGAUGGGUGCCUGCUCGUGUGUCUGCCCAUGGCCCGCAGGCCCUCUGUGUGUGUCUGCCUGCCCGCCCCCCUGCACACACACAACUCACCUGUCGAGUAUCCAAAGGUUGAUUUCGCUCAGCACGUCGUCGAUGCCCAUCGUGAAAGAACAAGAUGCGCAAAGUGCUCAAGCUACUGACUGAGCGGGGUGGGAGAGAAAAGGAGGGAAGGAAAAACGC